CCGCCCGUUCUUCCGGUGGAGAUGACUGCCGCCGUGGCUGGGAUGCUGCUAGCGGGUUUCCUGCCCCAGGCGGGCCGGCUGCCCACCCGCCAGUCUGUUCGCCAUGGCUCCAAGGCCGUUACCCGCCACCGUCGUGUGAUGCACUUUGAGAGGCAGAAGCUGAUGGCUGUGACUGAGUAUAUCCCCCCCAAACCUGCCAUUAACCCAAGAUGCCUGCCACCUCCUCCCAGCCCUCCCCAGGAGGAGACAGGCCUCAUCCGGCUCCUCCGUCGGGAGAUAGCAGCAGUUUUCCGAGAUAACCGAAUGAUAGCUGUCUGCCAGAAUGUGGCUCUGAGUGCAGAGGACAAGAUUGUUAUGCGGCACCAUCUGCGGAAACAUAAGAUCUUGGUGAAGGUCUUCCCCAACCAGGUCCUGAAGCCCUUUCUGCAGGAUUCCAAAUACCGAAACCUGCUGCCUCUUUUUGUGGGGCACAACCUCCUGCUGGUCAGUGAAGAGCCUAAGGCCAAGGAGAUGGUACGGAUCUUAAAGAGUAUGCCUUUCCUGCCGCUGCUAGGUGGCUGCCUUGAUGACACCAUCCUCAGCAGGCAGGGCUUCAUCAACUAUGCCAACCUGCCCAGCCUGGCCCUGGUGCAGCGGGACCUGGUGGGAGGGCUCACCCUCCUCAUGGCACAAACCCACUCCCUGCUUCAGCACCAGUCCCUCCAGCUGACUGCCCUGUUGGAUCAGUACACCAGACAACAGUGCGAGGGGGACUCUGUCGCGUCAGCCACUGGGAAGCCGGAUCCUCCUGAGCCUGUUCCAGACUCAUAGCCAGACUGUUUUAUCCAGCCCUGCCCAUAAAUACACCCUGCCCCUGUUGGUUAUGCUGUCCUCUGCCAGAGAUGUGGAAGAAUUGGGGGUUGGGUGGGGGGCAUUUGUUACUUGGCUUCCACUAACAAUGGGCUCCUCGGGUACAGAGCAACCCAGAGAUGCAGAGGGAUGCCAUUUCAGAAUGGAAGCUCUUAAUCAUGGUUUUUGUCCUUAGUGUUUGUGUUCCCAACUUAACACCCAAUAAAAGAGAAGUCUCUUUCAGCUCUCCAGGUGCAAAGCAGAGAAGCUGUAAAGAUAAGGAUAUUGC